AAAAUUUUAUGGAGUUCAGACAACAGUUGGAAUUGAUGUGAGAUCACGACAAGAUAGUGUUACAGUAUUCAUAUUGUUAGUUUAAUCUCAUGUAAUUUUGUGAAAUGGAAUAGUUACUAGACAAUGUGUCCGUGAAAAAACUAAUUGUUAGUGAUAUUAAUAUGAUGGAGAGAAAGUCAAGAUUAUCGGCAUUUUUCAAGCAAUGUGUCAUAACAACGGCGGCUCUCCUGAACAACGUCGUCCAUGGCAGCGGGCUGGCGUAUGCUGCGGUGCUGCUGCCGCAGCUGAGGCACUCCAGCAUCAGGCUCGGGGAGGAACAGGAGUCCUGGCUCGCGUCGAUAAUACCGCUGGCUAUGUGCGCGGGCAACGUGCUGACGGUGCCGGCGAUGCGGCGCGGGCGGAGGGCCACGCACUUGCUUGUUUCGCUGCUGAAUAUCGCCGGCUGGCUAACAAUCACGCUGGCUUGCAACUUCCAGGUGUUAAUGAUCGGCAGAUUCCUGCAAGGCAUGUCGAUCGGCUUAUUCAUCCCGGUCGUCUCGGUAUACCUCGGAGAGUACACGAGCCCCUCUCACCGGGGGGUCUUCUUAGCCACCAUAUCCUUCGGACAAGCCCUGGGGACCCUCUUCGGACAUUCAGUCGGCUCAUUCCUGGCUUGGCAGGACAUGGCUCUGCUCUGCAGUGGUCUGUCUUUGAUCAGCUUCGCUAUAACUGUCUUCACGCCGGAAUCUCCGAGCUGGUUGGCCUUGGAAGGACGGUUCGGAGAAUGCCGAAAGGCUUUUAGAUGGCUGAGGGGAGACAACGAAGAAGAAGAGCUGAAUAAAAUGAUACAAGAAAGGCAGCACUUUGACAGUUCCGACGAUUACAGUACAUCUAUCCUUGAGGCACUGCAAGCGAUGACUAAAAGGGAAAUUUACAUCCCUCUUGCUAUAGGAGUAGCUAUGUAUGUCAUAAUAGUUAACUGCGGCAGCUUAAUUUUAGCAAAUUACGUAAACGAGAUAGUGGAAGAGCUGAUGGGACCGAGCAACGUGGUGGCGUGGAUGUGCGUUUUCGACGGCGUGCGAUUAGCCAGCAAUUUGGCAUCUUUGUACAUCGUUGCGCGAGUUCAAAGACGAACAUUACUUUUCUCAACUGGUAUCGCUUGCGUUUUCGUUCACAUUGCCCUGUCAGCGUACAUCUACGCGCAAUUAUCAGGUAUUGUAGAUGGUAGUUGGAUUCCAGCUUUGAUUCUCAUCUGCCAAAUAGUGACAAUCGGUUUAGGCGUCCAGUCCAUCUGUUUUAUGAUACUUGGAGAGAUAUUUCCUCUUCAGUACAGAGGGUUGUGCAGCUCCGUGUGUGGGUUGAUGAUGGGGCUGAUGUUCGUGGAGCUGAAGACGUUUCCGGCUCUGAGGGGGGGUGUGGGGUUGGGAGGUGCGUGGCUGGUGUACGGGGCGGCGGUGGGGCUGGCUCUGAUGGUCACGUGGCCUCUGCUGCCGGAGACGAGAGGCCGGACGCUGCAGGACAUUGAGGGCCACUUCCGCAAGACGUUGAGAAAAGGCCCGGAGGCGGAAGCAAUGAAUACAGUUACGUCUACAAAAUAAGAAAAUUUAUACCCCCAUUCAUAAAACUUUACAAGCCUCAAUUAGUUAAUUUACGUUUUAAUCGUUUCGUUAAUAAUGUUGAAAAAAAUUAGGUAUACUUUUUAGAUACUUACUUAAUAAAAAUAUUUCAUAUAUACAUACCUAUAAGGUUCUAAUAACUUUUCGUUACCGUACCGAUUCGAAUCUUGGGGCACGGUAGUGCCCCCGCCAAGACGAGCAAAGCGAAGCUUUAGGGCACUACCUACCUUUUCUCGAAGCGCUUCGUCGUUUUUUUUGACCCUCAUAACUGGUGUUUGGUUUAAUGGCUCCUCUACACGAUGGACCAUCAUAGUGGCCCACUAAGCUGGGCCAGCGUGUAGAGAGGGUAGUGGUGUCGGAUGGCUUAUGGCGCGCGGGAUGGCGAUGGGAUGGCCGCGGUGUCGGUUUUUCGUCCGCACAUCAAAGGCAGCUAGUGGACCAGCGAUGGCUGUCCGCAUCUACACGUGGCCCAUCCCACAGUGCGUGCUCGAACGUGGUCGAGUGAGGACGUUUGUGCUGUGUAUUAUUUUGAUUAAAAAUGACGAGUAUGUGGCCGCAUCACGAAAGAAUAAAGUUUUUAGAGUUAUAUCGGGGAGAAAGCGUAACAUGGAACCCCAAACAUAAAGACCAAAACUAUAGAAAUAAAGUAGCAGGAUAUUUAAAAAAAAGUUUUUAUAACAAAUAGUGCACGAAUUAAUUAGAGUAUUAGGAAAAUUACUUAUACAUUACGCAGACAUCUGUAUAUACAGUACAUUCACAAUUUAAAUAAAUAAAUAUACCAAUAAUAAAAGAAAUAAAUAUUAGAUACCUACAUAUCUAAAUAUAUGUACAUACAUAAAUUAUAUAUAUGCACAAUAUAUAACUACACAGCGGCACAUUAAGGAAGAGACAAGUAAUGAUUUUUAGUAGGGUUUCAAAGCUUUGAAGAGUUUAUUGCACAAAUUUAAAUUGACUUAGUUGAC